UGGGUUACCUAUUAACUCAGCCAUGAGUUAAAGGGCUGAUGGGCAGCAAGUGCCCUUGAGUCUCACUUCUGCUCAUGGGUUCGGGCUGCUGCUUCAGGUCUUCCCGCAAGGCCAGGAUAACCCAGUCGCCCACGACAGUGAAGAUGAAAGCAAUACUGCGGAAGGAGGUGGUGCGAGUGUUCCUGGCCGAGCUCAUGAGCACAUAUGUCAUGAUGGUGUUUGGCCUUGGCUCUGUGGCCCAUAUGAUUCUAGGAGAUAAAUUUGGGAGCUACCUCGCGGUCAACUUGGGUUUUGGCUUCGGAGUCACCAUGGGAAUUCACGUGGCAGGGAAAGUCUCUGGGGCCCACAUGAAUGCAGCGGUGACCUUCACCAACUGUGCACUAGGCUACAUGCCCUGGAAGAAGUUUCCUGUGUACAUACUGGGUCAGUUCCUGGGCUCCUUCCUGGCUGCUGGCACCAUCUACUGCCUCUUCUACACAGCUCUUAUGGAGUACACGGGCGGACAUCUGACAGUGACUGGUUCUAUAGCCACCGCUAACAUUUUUGCCACCUACCUUCCUGCCCACAUGACAUUGUGGAGGGGCUUCCUGGAUGAGAUGUUCGUUACGGGGAUGCUCCAGCUGUGUCUCUUCGCCAUCACGGACAAGCGUAACCACCCAGCACUGGAAGGGACACAGUCCGUGUUGAUUGGCAUCCUUGUUGUCAUCCUUGGAGUGUCCCUGGGCAUGAACUCAGGAUAUGCCAUCAACCCAUCCCGGGACCUGCCUCCCCGCUUCUUCACCUUUAUUGCUGGCUGGGGCACACAGGUCUUCAGGUACUGCCCUGCCCAGUCCACUCCCUCGAGUUUUCUGUGGGUUCCUUGCAUGCGGAGGGGUGGGGGUGAUGUGAGGAGCAACACAGGAGAGUCCUGCAGAGCUGUCAGGUGGCCUGGGGAGGCAGGAGUGGGUCCUGACCUUCCCUCUCACCAGCACUGAUGUAGAUCCUGCUCCUGGGC